AUGGCGGUGGAGGUCUUUACCAGGAGGGGGAGUCUUCAUCAGGAGGCUGGUGACCAAAGGCAUGCGAUGUCCCAUCCAGGCGUUGCUGUGCGCCCUGCAGGUUGCACUCAGGCUGACCAGGUGCUUGUGCAUUCAACUUGGUCGGGCAGUGCUCUCGCUCAGUCUGGUGAUCCAGGGGUUUCGGCCCUUUGGGCCAGCUUGCUGCAAGGGUUGGAGCAUAUGUGUCAUGUGCAAGUGCUUCAAGCUGUGGAGGCCCUAGAGGCGGGCCAAUAUAUUCUUGAAGAUACCUUUCCCUGGUUUGCUGCUGAGCUUGCUGUUGAAGCCGGUGAUGAUGUUCCUUGGCACGUUGCAGCCUCGGCUAUCAGGGAUGUCAUCGCAAAUCUUAACUCCAAUGCCGAAGGAAAGAAUUUGCUGUUAGUCAGCUCCAAUGUCACCACGUGGCGCAAGUCCUUAGCAACCUUUCUUGCGGGGAUCAGUCCAGACCUCUGGCUGGUGCAGGAAACACACAUUAAGGAGGAGCAAGGGGAUUUGCUGGCCACUCAUGUUGGGGCCUUUGGCUAUCAGGCCUUCAGCUUGCCAGGACACCCCACUGGGGGAGGUGGCAACUCAGGAGGCCUUGCGAUUGUGUUUAAGAAGCACCUUGAUGUCCGUAAAAGCCACCACUUUCUUCACCAAGGUGUUGGUUUUCAGUCUGUGGUUCUGCGCAUCCGGGGUGUUGAUAUCUUCCUCGUCAAUGUGUCGCUGCAAGGUGAAUUCCUUGUUGCAGGCGAUUUCAAUGAAGACAUCAGUGUUCUGGUGACCACCAGUUUGGCGCAGGUUGCUCUGGCCCUCCGCCUGAUCUGGAGUCUGCCUGUCGAGGCUGCCUGCCCAAAUUUCGCCGUGACAAACUCUUGUAUCGGAGCAACAAUUUCGUCACCAUUCCAAAUUGUGGAUGCAGAAGCAGAGCGCAAGCUACGAUCAAAGUUCCCACGGCUGGACGAGCCUACGAGCGACUUGGGGCGCUUGUAUGAGCGGGCAUUGAGUGAGGCAAGUGUGCAGCUUGCGGGUCAGGCUACCUUGAAGUUACCCUGGGAGAAGGGCAUUUAUGCCGAGAUUUUCAGUGGUAGCGAGCUACCUAGGAUGCCUACCUUACCUGUGCCUGCUACACUUCCAGUCGUAGAUGUUGCAAGACCUGGGACCCAGCACAGCGAAGCCUUGAAGCAGACAUCAGAUCCUCUGCCAAAAUUCGAGAGUGCAGUCUACAAGCACUGUCUGCAUAAAUCAACUAUUGCUGCUGGCGGGAGACCCGGGACAGAUCGAGAUGCCGUCUACAGGCGCUGGCUUUGUAUCUUGGGCCACAAUCUUGCUGGCUCUAAGAUUGGAGAGUACAUUGCUGAUGGUGCCGAAGACCCUCUUGUUUUGAUUGCGGACACCUUUGGAGGGAAAAGUACGAGCACCUUGCUUAAGAGAGCCAGGUUUGUCGCCCGGAUGCUUACGUGGGCGUCUGAGCAUAGUCAGACGUUUUUUCCGCUGCGGCUUGGACCAUUGCUUUCAUUCAUGCGCAGUUUGGCAUCAGAGAGUGCCAAGGCCCAGUGUGGAGAGACAAUCAAUUUCCUUGUGCAUGUCCUUGGUGUGCAUGCCGAUCUGGAUAUUUUGAAGCAUCCUGUAAUCCAAGGGCUUCUACGGGGGUCUCGGUCAACAGGGAAAGAGAUCAAGCAGUCCAGGGUACUCACUGUCCGGGAAGUUAUGGCGCUCGAAGAUAUGCUCAGUGAUGCAUCCCUUGAUCCUGUUGAUCGAUAUGGUGCAGGAGUUUUUCUCUUCCAGAUUUACAGCCGGGCACGAGUGUCCGACAUCAGGAACAUCCAUCGCUUUGAGCUCGACCUGAGUGGAGAUGACGGAUACCUUGAGGCGAAAACGAUGGACCACAAGAAUGCGACCAGAGGACGUGGGCUGGGGCAGAGCUUGAUUCUCGUUGCUCCGGUUCAGGGCCUGCGGGAUAAGGCGUGGGGUAUCCAGUUCAUCGAGGUUGCAAAGAUGGUUGGGUUCAACCUUCGACAGGGGGCUAACAUCCCAUGGAUUAAAGGCAACAACCCUUUCCUGGAUGACGAAGGCGAGAGCAGUCAUGAAUCAAAGGCUGAGGUUACAGAUCCUCUCAUUCUCGCUGCUGAACAGUUCCGGUUUGGCGAUCCUGAUGAAAUCAUUGACACUGGAGGCGAUGUCGGCAGUGAACACGAGCCCUUGCUCGAGGAAGGAAAGCCGGCUGACAAUUGUGAUGCUGAGCCUGAGCAGGAUGCUGAGGAUUCCGACUCGAGUACCUCUAGUUCUUCAGGUUCCUCUGAUGACCAUGCCGAAGCUUAUGAGAGUUUCGCCAGUGAUGCUGCCCUUGAUUGUGCUGUGCCCCACUUAAACAAAGAGGUGGACUUGGACCUAGUGGUCUUCAUUGAGGAUGGCGAGGGCUAUGGGUUGGGCGAGGGCUUCGGGCCUGCACAGCACAUUGUGCUUGCGCUCGCAGUUUACUAUCGUCUACUUUGUGAUGGGCUGGGCGAGGGCUUCGGGCCUGCACUGCACUUUGACGAGUGCAACCACAUGACAGGAAUCCUUGACUGGCGUGAGUACCGAAUUGAGCCCAAAAGGUGUGUGGAACGUGGUGAUGACACGUUGGCCGUGUUCUUGGAAAGAUGUGAGACGGCCGGAUUGCCAACGCCGAUUCGGGACAUCUUGGUUGGCAAGAAUCUCAGUACCUUGGCAGGUCUUGCAUUCGCAGCGGGGCAGCCGGGGGAAACACCGAGUGAUGCAGCGCUUACCGGCCUGGCGAGAUCCGGCACGGAGGAAGUUCCAAUAGCGACCCUAGCCUCCUUGAGGCGGUUGGUGUUUGAAGCGCAGCUCCUCAUGACCGCGCAAGUGAAGAUGCUGAUCGAGCAUCGUGCCGAUGACCAAAAGGCGGAAUUAGCACCCGCAGAAAGAUCGGAGCGAAUCCAGAAGCAGAGCGAGCGCCUGGCCGGUGUUGCACUCCGCAACGAGUCAGAGUGCUCCUAUGGGUCAUAUGAUUUGGUCAUGAAGAUGGUCCAGGAGAACUGUGUCUCCUACUUGUCUCCAGCUAGGUUUCCGUCUCGGCAGGCCGAACUUCGUCUGGAGAAACCUCGAAAGGAGCUUGAUGUGGUCAACUCAAAAAUCACUUUGAAGGACCAGGCAGUCGAUCUUCAAUGCCAGCUUCACACGCCGCUGUGCCUGCAUCAUGCUCUUCAUCGACGGGCACUUGCAAUGGAUCUCGUUGGGGUAGCCAGCUACAGUGUGAGCAUGGAAUUUCACGAGUACUUGAUGUCACACCUUACCAUGGAGCCACCGCCUGGCUAUCAUCAAGUCACACUGCAUCAGGUUCUAGCAGCUGACCGAGCCGCUUGGUUGCGACUCGCGGAGAAACUUCCUAAAGGGCUUCGUGCUGGUCCCGAUGGGAAACUCCCGCUGGAUAUCGAGCUCCCGAAAUUGCAGGGCGACCCGAAAGUGGCUUUUCAUCUCUUACCUCUGGGACCUUCUGCUUCAUCAUCCGGGAAGCGUUCGAUGGAUGGCGACCAGGGCCAGAACAACGAUUCGAAGAUCCAAAGGCUGGGGCUUAAUGAUAGUAUUGGUGUUGACAAGAAUGUCGGCCGAUGCUUGAUCGCACCGGUGUUGCGUCUCGACCUUGGUGACGAGCAGGCGCGCGAGCUUGUCGUGCAAAUGCUAGAAAAUCCCAAUUGUGGCAGCAGCUUCACAGCCAACACGCAAGAAGGCCUGAUCGAGUGCAAGUGUGUUCUGAAGCCACUCAUCCCGCAGAGGGGGGAUGGAGGUCAGCACGAAUUUUCCUUCACGGUCCUUGCAAGGUUCAUGCGCCAGCAGUGCCCAGACGCUGUUUUCACGAGCCUGGCUUUGAUGAGGGAUGUGCAAACAACAUUACACAUCGACACGAACAAUUCAUUACCCUACCUGAACACUGUGGCGAAGGUCACCAAUUUCGAGGAAGGGGGUUUGUGGGUUCACAACGAUCACGGCGACAUGCCUUGCCCUGAUGCAAAUUUUGGGCAGCUGAUGGGAACGAAGGUCGACUUCGAAAACGGAGUUAUCAGGUUCGAUUCGCAUCUUAAGCAUUGCACACUCCCGUGGGUCAAGGGGCCCCGUGUGGUUCUUAUACGGUUUGUCGUGAAGGGUCCCGAGUUGAUGCCAUCGGACUUAGUGAGUAACCUUGUCGCUUGUGAGUUCAACAUGCCGGAUGAACCCCUUGUGCAGCCUCUCCCCAACGAGGAACACUCCUCACCGGUCAAAAAGAACUUCGGCGACCCUCACCACGGCGACGCUGAGAAGAUCAGCACAGGUUGGCUUUUCGGACCUGUGGCAGAGAAGGAUCGCAUCUACCUUAGGUGGAGGCAGUGGUUUGAGCUUUGGUCCGCGCCGGGUGGGGUCGACCCGGCGCUCCUCAGUGAUCUCAGGCAACGUGCCCGAAUGCAGGCCAAGGAGCUUGGGCCAAUUCCCCUAGAUCAGGCGGUUGCGGCGUUCAAGCGAGCCACUUGGCCUGCCCAGAUGGUGUUUGCACUUAUUGCCCUCCUCCCAAAAAGCGAGAAGCGGGAGAGACCAAUUGCUCUAUUGCACGUGCUUUACCGCACUUGGGUGCGCAUGAGGUGGAAAUUGGUCUCUGAUUGGCAAUUCCAGUACUGUAAAGCCGCGGUCUGGGAUAAGGCAAUGCCUGGAAGUCAAGUGCUGGACGUCGCUUUGGGACGCUUACUUAGAGGCGAGGCUGCUAGACAGUCCGGUCAGCACUUAGUUACAAUUUUCAUUGACAUGGAGACUUUCUAUGAUAGAUGCCGUUUUAACGAUGUCAUUUCUUCUGGCCUUUCUUUGGGGUACCCUCCCCUGGUAUUGCACCAGGCCCUUCUUACGUACAUGGGCCCGCGUUUUCUUCAAUCUGAAGGGUCUUUGUGCCCGGCCAUUAUUCCCACGAAGGGGGUCCUGGCUGGGUGCCCGGCCGCCCCUUCUAUCAGCAAACUUGUUGUGCACCCCAUUGCAGUUGCGGCCACUUCCAAGCGUGCGACAUCCAAUUUGGACGUAUGGAUAGAUGAUCUGUCCCUUGACUGUGUCGGUGCCUCGGCCAAGCAGAUUGCCUCAGACGCUGUGCUGCUGUUUCGAAGCCUGCGUACCAGCAUCGAGGCAAAUGGUGCCAAGUUGUCCUUGGAUAAGACUUCAUUUGUUGCAUCGUCCUCUAAAGCGGCUAAAUGCUUGCAGGCUGUUAGAGUUGACACAGACCCUGAAGUCCGCACCUUUGCCAGGGACUUAGGUGUCACAUCGGGGGGUGCACGCCGCAGGGUUUUGGGUUUAGCUGAGAUGAGGCGAGCUAAGGCCAGUGGCAGGGCGUCUAAACUGCGCAAGUUGGGCCUUGCCAACUUUUCACAUAAGGUGCGCAUUACCCGGGCCUCCAUAUGCUCUGCAGGUCUUUGGGGGCAUCAGGCUGCAGGUGUCAGUCCAAAGCGGCGCAAGUGGUACAGGACUCUUUGUGCAAAGGCCAUCGGCCGCCAAAAGUUAGGCUCGCUUGAUGUCUCUUUCCUUUUGUUGCGUCACAAGUGUGAGGACCCGCACCUCACAAUUUUGAAGCAGCAUUUUCGAGCGGUUGCCAGGGUUUUCCGUCGUUGGCAUAUCUCGGACCCGGAGAAAUUCAGAUCGACUUGGGCCAACAUCUGGGCUUGGCUUUCAGAGUCGCCCCAACCUUGGAAGCGCGUCAAUGGGCCCUUGGCGGCCACUUUGGCAUACUUGAUGGAUUUAGGUGUGCAAGCGCCCCAGUCCCACCGUUGGACGUGCGGCGAGUGUCUCCUUAUCAUUGAUUGGGCCAGUCUUGACGCCACCCGACGGGUGUGGCAUUGGCUUUUGCCUAAGUGGGAGGCCGCUAGGUUGCUUCGUGUGUCUCAGCUGGAAGCCUGUGAAUCCUUAGACUCUGGAGUCGACUUGAAGGUCCCUCACCGCUUGCUUAAGCGCAAAUUCUUCAAUAAGAGUAUGGCGACUAGUUUGCAAGCCCUUUGGCAAGGAGCACUUUUAGGUCAGAAUAAGCCCGGGUACUGCAAACUGUGUGCCUGUCCUCUCAGCUUACAGCAUGUUCUGUGGGACUGCCCUUUUCUUGUUUCCAAGUAUCCUGAACCACCGCAUUUCCCGGCCUCCCGCCGCAGUUUCCCUUGGCCAUGUCUUUGGUUGCGCGGUUUGUUGCCACAGCGUGCCACGUCACUGGGAGGUACGGAUAAGCAGAGGGGUUUGGUUUGCGAGGGUUUGUGGAGCAGCCGACGGGUCCUUAAUAGUGAUAAUCUUGUUUUUGCUUCAGAUGCGUCGGGUGGACCAGGUGCCCGUGACCACCGCGCGGCAUGUGUUGCUUGGGCCAUUGCGGCGUAUGAGCUUUCACCGGACGGGCCGAAGCGUGUUGCUAGCAUCACGUGUUUUCCUGAAGAGCCCCUGUCGGUGGCCAGUGCGGAGCAACAGGCUGCCUUUGAGCUCUUUGGUCGUGUCUCCGGUGCUUUCGACUUGACGGUGGACUGUCAGGCCAUCACACACAUUCUACGGAAAAGCAUGCCGCCCCUUGAAGGCCCGGUCCCUUGGGGUGAAAUUUGGGGUGACAGGUCAAGGGCUAAUAUCACUUGGGUGCCCAGUCAUAAAGACUCUUCCUAUUAUGCCGAUAAAGGCAUCCCUGAAUGGCGGCGUUUGCUGAACGAGGAUGUUGAUUCUUUAUGUGGCAAAAGGGCUGCGCAAGUGUUCCAAUCAGCGACUAAGCCGAAUCUUCCUGUUCUGGAUGGGCUCUGUGAAGAAAUUUGCCUGCACCUGGCUAAGAAAAUUGGCUUUGUCCUCAAGCACAAAAAAGAUAAGGGUUUCCCUUGGGUUUUUGAUAGGUGCCUCAACUCCCAGCCUUCGCCCCAGGAUGCUAAGCCCUCGAUCGUUUCCCAGGGCAAGUUUGAUAAGCCCAAAGGCGGGUCCAAGCCCAGCAGUCAGCCCAAACCCAACAAAAAACAACGCCUUAAGGAGGCUCUCGCCAACCCGGACCCUGGGCUGGGUCAUGUUUGGAAGGAUUGUGAGGCCAAAGCCAGCAACAAUUUUGCGAUCCAGUGCACCGUUUGCCAGCUUUAUGUGGAGCAGUGUAACCCUCCCGAGGUUUUUGAUCGCAAAAUGUCCAAUCCUUGUCGCGACAGAGCUGCCCCGGUUCCCGCCUGCUGGGGCAUACAUGGCAGUCAUGACAUGGUUAAUAAGGGUUCUUUCUUUAUGUGCUCCAAGUGUCUUGCCAUGGUUAAACUUGGUGCCACCUCGUCGUCGUCGGUCUUGAAGUCCACUUGCAAAGGGCUCGGGCGUAAACUUAACGCCCAAACGAGAGUGCGUUCCAUGGCCCAGGUUGAAGCUGAUACGAGCCGGUCCAUUGAGGAAUCCUUUGAGGCCAAAGAGUCAAUCCCUGCGGAGGUUGUGCAGCAAGGCGGUGGCAGUUCUGUUUCCCCUUGCUCUGCCCAACCUAAGCCCAAACCUAAGUGCAAGCCCAAAGCCAAGUCUAAGGACACAUCCAAACAGACCCGUUUGUCGUUUCGGUGA